AUGGGCGGUGUUCAUGCGGGUUUCGGCGGAUGCUGCAUCCUCCAGAAUUGCAGGGAUCGCGAGGGCGUUCCCCAGCUGAGUGUAUUCCAGAGGCUCGACGACACCGAUUUUUUUGAGGACGGUGCGAUUGGCCGGUUUGACUCCGAAUCUGUCUUGUUCCAGGAGGCGUUGGGUAGCUUGGGGAGCUUCUAUUCCCACCCGAAGACCGUAGUCCUCAUGCUGACACACCUCCCUGCCGAUUACGAUGACUCUUCAGUUUACACCUCGUCAGGCAAUGCUGCUCCUUUUUUUGAUCGUGGGUGGUGUUUCUUCGAAUCUUCCUUAGCCACGCUGACGAAGCUUCCUGGAAACCUCGUCGACCUUGGACCUGCUGCAUGGUGCGCGCCCAAGGGUGGCACGCGUGCGCUCGUGAGUGGUGCUGCCAGGCGGCCGGCCCCCGUUCUUCCCGACGCUCUUGACGCAGAGCUCCAGAGCAAGAGCUUCACCAACGGCAGGGAAGACCGCCCGAGGGUCGCCGAGCUGUACCGGUCGGCGUUCGUUCAGCGCCUCCUGGCCACGGAGGCUCUGACGUACGUCGGCCUGGGCUGGGGGGACGACGAGGCCCAGCCCGGGUGGCCGACGUGA